AUGGCGUAUACAAGUCUGAAUGGUCAGCAGCUGAAUCGUCGGAUUGGGUUGAGGGAGCCUGAAAAGCCACCAAUGCCGGAGGUUUGGGAGAGCCGACCGCGUAGCACGAACCCUUUGUCUCUGGAUGAGAUUGGGGCUGAUCUGAAGAAGAAGAAUAUGAUGCCGGCUGGGCAGCCGUUGCGUGCAACUGUUUAUUGCACAACGCAGCCGGAGGAAGUUCGGCCACGGGGUGCUGUCCCUGAGGCUUACGAACAGAUAUGCCGCAGAAUGGGACUGCCCACGGAACACUUGGUAGAGGCCUUUGGGGCAGAAGGCUUCCGGGUAGACAAGUGCUUUAGCGCGUGGAAGGCGGGAACGGAUGUACUCGAGGUGUGGAAGGUGGACUUAUUCUUAUCCCCUUUCGAACCCCUCAUUAAAAUCUACUUCAGGAGACAUAAGACCAGCAGACUCCUUCUCCCAGACCUCUACCUACAGCCACUUACACACCCCAUGGCCGUAGACUGCUUCGCAGACUACCAAUGGCCCAACGGGGACAGGGAACUACUCGAUAUUCGACACACCAGCUGCGUCGUCGGCUCCUUCCGAAACGCGCGAGAACCAGUGCUCUUCGUCUGUGACAAUGAAACACGCCGCAGCUCUUUGAUCACGAUCUUGGCGGUGGUGACUGAGUUGGCUAAGAUCGAGCACGUGCGACGGCGAGAGAGGUUUGUGAGUCGUUCAAUGCCGACGACUAUUGGGCGGCAAGGCGACCCGGGUUACAGUGAAGAGUUGAAUGCGCAUUUUGCGGAAUUUCUGCACGAAGCCGCUUUGCGUCUGGGCACGAGUGCGGCGUGUGCCAAGUACUGGCGACGUUCUCGGCGUACGUGGGUAUUGACCUGGAGUGGGAAGAAGUAUGUGAAGAAACGUUAUUAUUUGACGAUCCAUCGAAACCAGCCGUUUUUGAUGACCUUGAAAAGUGAGACGAAGACGGGUUGCUUUACGGAGGAGUAUGACUACACGGCCCAUUCGAGUAGUCGUGCAUGUAACUCGGUCACCCAGAAGCACAGCUGGUCCUCCUUUAUGAAGUCAGAGCGGUUGGCCCCGCACCUGACCUUCGUGGACAACAUGCGGGACGACAAGCCGCGCACCUUCUUCUCAUUCGAGACGAGCGAAGACCUAAAGGACUUCCAACAAGUCAUCGCCACUCUCGGCUACAUACACCUCCGCAAGGAAGCCGGCGCUGAAGACACUUGGUCCUGUCCCCAGAGCUCCAGCACAGACCCAGCCAUGGAAAAAACCCAGUUGGGAGUUCCGGGAAACAACCAGCUGGCUGUUCCCGCGCAGGGGUCGUGUGGCCAGAUUUCCAGCAGCGUCUUGGUCAGCAACAACGUGGGGGACUCGAGUGGUGGGUCGCCGCAGUUCUACGAGGCGCCACCUCUCUACGUCUCGUCGGCCGGGGAGCCGGGUCAUGUUUUCACAGCCAGCUCGUUUAUUCCAAAUCCCGCCUCAACCGCAGUCGUGAACGCAGACGGCAUCCGUAUGGUCCCACGGCGGGCGCCCAAAGGUUCGCUCUUCGCCCCGCCGGCAGAGGAGGAGGAGGACACGCCCUUCUACAACUCUUAUGGGCUGACUACUGCGGUAUCUUCGACCACGUCAUCCCCUUCGACACCGGGCACUCCACGGGACAUGCACUCCUCGCCGCUCAAGAACACAACCGCGCCGAUGGCUGCUGGAAAGGUCGCCACUUUCCUCCCAUCCCUCGACUCCAGUGCCGAUCCCAAUGCUGGUCCAAACGGCCACCUCCUCAACGCCGUGGGCGCAAACGGACUGCGGAAGCAUCGAGUCCCGCUGGGCACUGUAGAAGCAGCCCCGCGGGAAACAGCUCCGGUGACCCGACUACCCGAAUCUCCGACCGCGCCAACGACUGGUAACGUGGGGGUUGGGGUCGUGCACACACGAAGACGGUGGCAAGAGAUCGUUAACUUCGGACCAGACGGACAGGUCAUAAGCGAAAAACAUGUGGACCUAGGCACCGAGUGCUGGCAAGAUGAUACCUUCUACGCACCCGUGACUAGAGCCACAUCCUCAAUGAAGAAAGAUCUGGACGCAUCGAGUGUCGAGUCGGACUACGACUAA